AUGGAAAAGUCCGGGUUUAUGCGAUAUCCCUCGCGUAUAAAAUCCCGCGGUUUGAAGAAGCAGAACCCUCACCUUGCCAAGGGCUUCCUUGAGCCGAAGGAUUACAAGAACCUCCCUCUUAUCCGGAAAGACCAGUUAGCACCAAACGUAUAUCGUUUCGUCUUCGAACUCCCCGGUCCACGGGACGUCAUUGGUCUUCCUAUCGGCCAGCAUGUUGCCAUUAAAGCCAAUGUCAACGGCGCCGCUGUUUCGAGAUCAUACACACCAACAUCGAAUAACCUGGAUUUGGGUCGCUUGGAACUGGUCAUCAAAUGCUACCCGGACGGUAUCCUCACGGGCCAAUACCUUGCAAACCUGAAAGUGGGCGACAAGGUACAAUUCCGCGGUCCUAAAGGCGCAAUGAAAUACCACAGUGGUCUUUGCAAAAAGAUCGGAAUGAUUGCCGGUGGAACCGGGAUUACGCCCAUGUAUCAACUUAUUCGGGCAAUCUGUGAAGACGAUACCGAUACUACGGAAGUUAGCCUGAUCUAUGCCAAUCGAACCGAGGAAGACAUCCUGUUGCGAAGUGAACUGGAAGCGUUUGCUCGGAAGUAUCCAAAGAACUUUAAGCUCUGGUACAUGCUCGAUCACCCCCCAAAGAACUGGGCGUAUGGUAACGGCUAUGUAACGCCGGAGGUUAUGGCUGCGAAGCUACCUGGACCGGCUCCUGAUACAAAGAUUAUGCUUUGUGGUCCACCAGGUAUGGUGAAUGCUUCGAAGAAGGCUUUGACUGCUGCUGGAUUUCAGGCACCUGGCGCUGUGGGGAAGAUGACGGAUCAGAUAUUUUGUUUCUAG